CUAUGGAUGCAUGGAGGCGGUGUGAGCUUACACCAUAGCCGUAGGCAGCUGUCGCACGGAUGAUGACGUAAGGAAGGAAGGCUGAAUGAACUCCGCGCGAAGGAACCUGUUCCAGGCGUACGGUUUGCUCGUUCCCUCUCUCUGCGUGUGCGGCGUUGUUUACUCCUAGAUGCUCGAAACAUGUUCCCGGCUAUACCAGCGUCGACAUUCUUUUGAAAGAGCUCCGUACGAAAGUAUCCGCGUUAUUGUUUGCUCGUUCCCUCUCUUUGCGUGUGCCCCCGGACGGGCGUGUUCUUCGGAAGCCUGCGUCGAACGCGUGUCAGGCUCUACCAGCGUCGAUAUUCUUCUGUUCGGUUGUUAGGCUUCAGAGGUCAGCGUUCGAGAGUUGGUUGGAAUAGAACGGACGAGUGCGCAGUGACAGUUUCACGUGCCUCGACACGGCUUUAAGUAGCUCCAGGGGGAGCUCGGCUACACGAACCACCACUGUGGUCCAAUCACGGCUCGCAGCCAUGGGGAUUGUCCUGGGUCGGAUUAACGUCGAGACGCCGCAAUUCACGGUAGAGGCGAAGACGGAUAGAUUCGAGAUUCGACGGUACCCGCCGCAGAUGGCGGCCGAAGUGACCUACGACGGCGACCACCAGAACGGCAUCAACAAGGCCUUCUCCGCACUUGCAGGGUACAUCGGCGCCCUCUCAACCCCUCAGAACCGACCAGCAACUGCCAAGCCAGACAACGAAGGAGAGGGGGCUACGAGCGAGGGAGGCACAAGCGAGAGAGUCACAACCGAGGGAGGCUCAGCUCAGCCGCAGCACAUUGCCAUGACAGCGCCCGUGCUCACGCACACCGCAGGAGCAGCAGGGGGGGGCAGUGAAGAGAAAAAGAGCGGUUCAGGAGAGAGGAUUGCCAUGACGGCGCCCGUGCUCACACAUACUGCAGGAGCGGCAGCAGCGGGGGGAGAUAGCAAUACUGUUACUGCUGCUGCUGGAGAGAAGAUUGCGAUGACUGCUCCCGUAGUGACAGCCUCCACGGCCGCCUCUACUCCAGGCAAGACCACGAUGCAGUUCCUGCUACCAGCGGCCCUCACCCCGGCCAGCACGCCCGUCCCCACCAACCCAGCUGUGCAAGUGCUUCAGCUGCCGCCUCGCCUCCUGGCUGCCGUUACUUUCUCUGGCCUCACAACACACUCCGUGCUCGAGCACAAGUCCCAGGAGCUGAGGAGCGCGCUUGAAGCGGCUGGGUAUAGAAUUGGUGGGGAUUAUGUGGUUGGGAGGUACAACCCGCCAUUCACCCUUCCGUUUAUGAGGACGAAUGAGAUUCUGUAUCCAGUGGAAGAGUAAUUCUGUGGACUCCGCUGUCUGUAGGCAUUGUGUGAAUUGUGGCUAGGAUAAGCGUCUUAGAAACUUAGGAGGCUAGGUCCCUAAAGUUAGGACACUAGCUUAGCUAGGAUACUAGGAAGGCCGCCAUAGAAUGGCGUGAGGAAUAUGGAUCUAGGAGGGGAGAGAAAGUCGAGAAGAAAGAGGGUUGGAUUAGGAAGGAAGAGAGGUACAAGGAGGGGAUUGUACCCUCUAGAGAAAGGUUCAAAACUUAGGAGGCUAGGUCCCUAAAGUUAGGACACUAGCUUAGCUAGGAUACUAGGAAGGCCGCCAUAGAAUGGCGUGAGGAAUAUGGAUCUAGGAGGGGAGAGAAAGUCGAGAAGAAAGAGUGUUGGAUUAGGAAGGAAGAGAGGUACAAGGAGGGGAUUGUACCCUCUAGAGAAAGGUUCAGUAACAACCUACC